CGGCACGCACUGGGAAGGAAGAUAGCAGCACCAAUAUGGCGACAGCCGCAGUUACUCCCGACUCCUCUCCACAUCUGCAGUUCAGUGCCAGUUAUCAGGAUAUUUGUUAAUGCCAGAAAAAACCUUUUUAUACUUGCAACCUGCCCCCGUGCAUCAAACAGGACGAGAUCACAAACUGAGCUGGAUGUUGGGAAUGGAAAACAAAUAAAAGGGAAAUAGCUGCAGGAUGAAAACAUGGCUGCGCCCAUUCUUGCACCCCCAGGACCUGACAGCUUCAAGAAAUUCACCCCUGAGUCUCUCGCUAACAUCGAGAAGCGCAUCAAAGAAGAGAAAAAUAAGAAGCCUCCUAAGCCCAGAUCAGACAGUAGUCAUCGCGACACAUCUGAUGAAAAUGAGCCGAAGCCCAACAGCGAUCUGGAAGCAGGGAAGAGCCUGCCCUUCAUCUAUGGCGAUAUUCCUAAUGGAAUGGUGGCUACGCCCCUGGAGGACUUGGAUCCAUAUUAUCUAAACCAGAAAACAUUUAUAGUCCUAAACAAGGGGAAAACAAUCUUCCGCUUCAGUGCCACACCCUCCUUGUACAUCAUAAGCCCUUUUAAUCCACUAAGGCGAAUAGCCAUAAAGAUUUUGAUACAUUCAUUAUUCAGCAUGAUCAUCAUGUGUACCAUUUUGACCAACUGUAUAUUCAUGACAUUUAGUGAUCCACCAGAGUGGUCCAAACAAGUAGAGUACACCUUCACAGGUAUCUACACCUUUGAGUCACUUACCAAAAUUGUUGCCCGAGGUUUUGCCAUCGAUGGCUUCACGUUUCUCAGAGACCCAUGGAACUGGCUGGACUUCAUGGUCAUUUCAAUGGCGUAUAUAACAGAGUUUGUAAACCUAGGCAAUGUGUCAGCACUACGUACGUUCAGGGUUCUGAGGGCUUUGAAAACUAUUUCAGUUAUCCCAGGCCUGAAGACUAUUGUGGGCGCCCUGAUACAGUCCGUGAAAAAACUGUCGGAUGUGAUGAUCCUGACCGUCUUCUGUCUCAGCGUCUUUGCGCUUAUUGGAUUGCAACUCUUCAUGGGAAAUCUCAGGCACAAGUGCGUCUUCUGGCCCAUUAACAUGACUGAGCAAUUUCUAGCAAACGGCAGCCGAGGUUUUGACUGGGAUGCAUACAUCAUGAACAAAUCAAAUUUCUACUUCCUGCACAAUGCCAUGGAUGCCCUGAUAUGUGGAAACAGUUCGGAUUCAGGAGGAUGUCCUGAGGGUUAUACAUGCAUGAAAGCUGGAAGAAACCCAAACUACGGUUACACCAGUUUUGACAGCUUUGGCUGGGCUUUCCUUACCCUCUUUCGUCUCAUGACUCAGGACUUCUGGGAAAAUCUCUACAUGCUGACUCUCCGAGCUGCAGGGAAGACUUACAUGGUUUUCUUUGUGCUGGUCAUCUUUGUGGGAUCCUUCUACCUGGUGAAUCUGAUCUUGGCUGUGGUGGCCAUGGCUUAUGAGGAGCAGAAUCAGGCCACAAUGGAGGAGGCAGAGCAGAAAGAGGCUGAGUUCAAAGCUAUGCUGGAGCAGCUCAAAAAGCAACAGGAAGAGACACAGGCUGCUGCUAUGGCCACAUCCGCAGGGACAGUGUCAGAGGCUGCAUUAGAGGAUGUAGAAGGCGGUCACUUGUCCCGUAGCUCCUCAGAGGUAUCCAAGCUGAGCUCAAAGAGUGCCAAAGAACGUCGCAAUCGCAAGAAGAAGUGGCGUCAGAAAGAGCAGGAGAAGGAGAAAGGAGACAGUGAGAAGGUAGUUAAGUCUGAGUCAGACGAUGGCAGCAAGAAAAGCACCAUCCGCUUCCCAGGAACUCGACUGGGGAGAAGGCCAUCCAUAAUGAACCAGUCUCUCCUCAGCAUCCCCGGCUCGCCCUUCAUGUCACGUCACAACAGCCGCAGCAGCAUCUUCAGCUUCAAGGGUCGCUCCAAGGACAUGGGCUCGGAGAAUGAGUUUGCAGACGACGAGCACAGCACUGUUGAGGAGAGCGAAGACCGUCGUGACGACCGGCGGGGUUCACUGUUCAUACCUUACCGUCGCAACAGCUACAGUGGCUACAGCCAAGGCUCGUCGCGCGUCCACCCGCUGGUGCCACACUCUGGAGGGAAGCGGAACAGCACAGUGGACUGCAACGGCGUGGUGUCUCUCAUUGGCCCUGGGCCUGGCAGACGGCUUCUGCCUGAGACUACAGAUGUGGAGAUUAAGAAGAAACACUCUGGCUCUCUGAUGAUAUCAGUUGAUCAGCUCAACUCCUCCUUCAAAGGAAAAGACCGUGCAAACAGUCAGAUGAGUGUGGUCACCAACACUCUUUUAGAAGAGUUAGAGGAAUCUCAGAGGAAGUGUCCUCCCUGUUGGUACAAGUUUGCAAACAUCUUCCUCAUCUGGGAAUGCUGCCCCAUCUGGCUAAAACUCAAGCACAUUGUCUACUUAAUUGUCAUGGACCCUUUUGUGGACCUGGCCAUCACCAUCUGUAUCGUGCUCAACACUCUUUUCAUGGCCAUGGAACACUAUCCGAUGACCGAACAUUUUGAGAAUGUCCUUGCUGUUGGCAACCUGGUUUUCACCGGCAUCUUUGCUGGGGAGAUGUUUGCCAAGCUCAUAGCCAUGGACCCCUACUACUACUUCCAAGAAGGAUGGAACUGCUUUGACGGCUUCAUUGUGACCCUGAGUUUAGUUGAAUUGGGACUGGCUGACGUGGAAGGGCUCUCAGUUCUCAGGUCCUUCCGAUUGUUAAGAGUGUUCAAACUGGCCAAGUCGUGGCCCACACUCAACAUGCUGAUCAAGAUCAUUGGUAACUCGGUGGGAGCUCUCGGUAAUUUGACCUUGGUGUUGGCCAUUAUCGUCUUCAUCUUUGCCGUGGUGGGCAUGCAGCUGUUUGGAAAGAGCUACAAGGACUGCGUGUGCAAGAUUGCAGAAGACUGUGUGCUCCCACGCUGGCACAUGAACGACUUCUUUCACUCUUUCUUGAUCGUGUUCAGAGUACUGUGUGGGGAGUGGAUUGAAACAAUGUGGGACUGUAUGGAGGUGGCAGGACAGCGCAUGUGCUUAAUCGUCUUCAUGAUGGUCAUGGUUAUUGGCAAUCUAGUGGUGCUGAACCUGUUUCUGGCCUUGCUGCUGAGCUCGUUCAGUGCUGACAACCUUGCUGCCACUGACGACGACGGAGAGCCCAACAACCUCCAACUUGCUGUGGCCCGCAUCAAAAUUGGAGUCGCCUGGUUCAAGGCCAACAUGAGGAUCUUUGUUGCCACAGUGCUAAAAAAGCCCAUAGAGGAUGAGCAGAAGCCUUUGGAUGGAAUUUAUGAGGAAAAGCUCAACUGCAUCGCAAACCACACUGUUGAAAUCAACCGUGACCUGGACUAUCCCAAAAAUGGCAACGGCACUACCAGUGGCAUAGGGAGCAGUGUGGGGAAAUACAUGAUCGAUGACGACUACAUGUCUUUCAUCCACAACCCCAACCUCACCGUGUGUGUGCCUAUUGCUGUUGGAGAGUCUGACUUUGAAAAUCUCAACACGGAGGACUUCAGCAGCGAAUCAGAUGUGGAGAACAGCAAAGAUCUGGAUGACACCAGUUCAUCUGAGGGCAGCACUAUAGACAUCAAGCCGGAUGUAGAGGAGGUGGUUGUUGUCGAAGUGGUGGAGGAGUAUCUUGACCCAGACGCCUGCUGGACUGAUGAGUGUGUAGCGAAAUACAAGUGGUGUGACGUUCCCAUCACUCACGGAUGGGGAAAACACUGGUGGUUCCUGAGGAAGACCUGCUACCUGAUAGUGGAACACAACUGGUUUGAGACCCUCAUCAUCUUCAUGAUCCUCCUCAGCAGUGGAGCUUUGGCCUUUGAAGACGUGUACAUUGAACAGAGGAAGACAGUGCGUAUCAUUUUAGAUUAUGCCGAUCGAGUUUUCACCUACAUCUUCAUCCUGGAGAUGUUGCUGAAAUGGGUGGCCUACGGCUUUGUCAAGUACUUCACUAAUGCCUGGUGCUGGCUGGACUUCUUCAUUGUGGAUGUGUCUAUAGUCAGCCUUGUAGCUAAUGCUUUGGGCUACUCCGAUCUAGGCCCGAUUAAAUCACUCAGGACACUGAGGGCCUUGAGACCCCUCAGGGCCCUGUCACGUUUUGAAGGGAUGAGGGUUGUGGUGAACGCCUUGGUAGGAGCCAUUCCCUCCAUCAUGAAUGUGUUGCUGGUGUGUCUGAUCUUCUGGCUCAUAUUCAGCAUCAUGGGAGUAAACCUUUUUGCUGGGAAGUACUAUUACUGUUUCAAUGAGACAGCUGAAGAGUACUUUGAUCCAGAGGAUGUCUACAAUAAAACUGAGUGUUUUGCGCUGAUUAACGCAAAUUACACAGAAGUGAGGUGGAAAAAUGUGAAGAUCAAUUUUGACAAUGUUGGUGCAGGAUACCUUGCACUCUUGCAAGUGGCUACUUUUAAAGGUUGGAUGGACAUUAUGUAUGCUGCGAUAGAUUCUAGAAGGGUGGAAGACCAGCCUAAAUAUGAGGACAACCUCUACAUGUACAUCUACUUUGUAAUAUUUAUCAUCUUUGGUUCCUUCUUUACCCUGAAUCUCUUCAUCGGUGUCAUCAUUGAUAAUUUCAACCAGCAGAAGAAAAAGAUAAGACAUUUUCUUUGCCUUUGUAUGUUUCUGGCUGACCUGAUCGAGAAGUACUUUGUGUCGCCAACACUCUUCAGGGUGAUCCGUCUGGCUCGUAUUGGCAGAAUUCUGCGUCUCAUCAAGGGUGCCAAGGGAAUAAGAACUCUGCUGUUUGCCCUCAUGAUGUCACUUCCUGCCUUGUUCAACAUUGGCCUCUUACUCUUCCUGGUCAUGUUCAUCUUCUCCAUCUUUGGCAUGUCCAACUUUGGCUACGUGAAACACGGGGCUGGAAUCGAUGACAUGUACAACUUUGAGACAUUUGGAAAUAGCAUGAUCAUCUUGUUUAUGAUCACCACGUCGGCAGGCUGGGACGGCCUUCUGCUGCCCAUCCUCAACUACCCACCGGACUGCGACCCGCUUCUGGAGAACCCUGGCACACCUGCCACUGGAGACUGUGGCAACCCGUCUGUUGGCAUCUUCUUCUUUGUCAUGUAUAUCAUCAUUUCUUUCCUUAUUGUGGUUAACAUGUACAUUGCCAUCAUCCUUGAGAACUUCAGUGUGGCCACAGAGGAGAGCGCAGACCCACUCAGUGAGGAUGACUUUGAGACCUUUUAUGAAAUUUGGGAGAAGUUUGACCCCGAUGCCUCCCAGUUUAUUACCUAUGCCAAGCUAUCUGACUUUGCAGAUGCACUUGAACACCCACUGCGUGUCCCCAAGCCAAACACCAUUGAGCUCAUUGCAAUGGACAUGCCUAUGGUGAGUGGAGACCGUAUUCACUGCCUGGACAUCCUGUUUGCCUUUACCAAGCGGGUGCUUGGCGACAGCGGGGAACUGGACAUGCUUAGGCAACAAAUGGAAGAGCGCUUUGUGGCUGCCAAUCCCUCUAAAGUAUCCUACGAGCCAAUUACAACCACUCUGAGGCGAAAGCAGGAGGACGUGUCAGCGAGGAUCAUCCAACGGGCCUACCGCUCCCACCUGUCCCGGCGUGGAUUUGUCUGCAAACGCAAACCGGCAAACAACAAAGCCGAGAAUCAGGAUCAAGAAAAGAAGGAGGGCACUCCAUCCACUGCCUCCCUGCCUUCUUAUGACAGUGUUACCAAACCUGAAAAGGAGAAACAGGAUGACAACAAUGAGGGCAGGGGAGAAAGAAAAGAGAAAGGCAGAAACCAAAAAGACAUCAGGGAGUCUCAGUGUUAAGCGGGGGGAGGGGGAUAAAUAACCACACUAAUAACAGUACCGAUUAAACUAAUGUAACUUCAAGCCGAGUGAGAGAGUUCUCACCCACACUGAUGUACAGAUUAUUUCAUUUGCAAGUCAGAAAAAUAGUACUCAAUAAUUUUGUUUACAGACUUCAUUCCUAUACUGAUGCAGGGGAAAGCGGGGAAUGACUGAACUUUAGUCAAACCAAACAUAAUCAGCAUUCUGUGUGGCACUGUUAUAUCAACACAACCAAUCCUAACAAAACGGAGAAGGAAGAUGAUAGAAGAAGAAAUCGGCCACAUUUCUGCCAUGUAAUUAUACUGUACACCAGGAGGAGGAAGGCAAAAACAGGAUUCCAGCGCCGUGUAGCUGCAGUGGAUGGAUAACAAGGAGGCUGCUCAAUCGUUCAGCAGCCAAAGUUGAUCUGUGUCAGUGUGUAUAGACACAAAUGAAAGACUCACUCUAUGAGCGAACAGUGGAUAAUGUGGUGAGUGAGAGAAAGACACAAACUGAGAGAGCCUAAAGUGUUUUCUCCUGUUUAAUCAAAAGUAGAUUUUUUAUUUUAUUUUUUUCCUCUUUUUUUUUUUAGCAGCAAAAAUGCAAACCGAGGAACAAACCGACAAAAAAAAAAAAAAA